AUGGACGACUCGAUGAUGGACGACUCGGUCUUCAGCGACGGCGGCAGCGAAAACUUCGAGCCUCCAGCGAAGCCCGCAAAGGUUACCAAGGCCAAGGCCCCACCCAAGAAAGCCGCAGCACCAGCAAAGCCUCGAGGGCGGCCGGCAGGCGCAACCGCGAAGCCAAAGGCCAAGGCGCCUCCAAAGAAGAAGAAGGUGGUUAGCGAUGAGGAGAACUCAGACAUCGAUAUGGCCGAGGAUCCGCUCGACGAUGACGAGUCGCUCCUCCAGGACACUCCUCCGAAGCAGAAGAAGGCACCUGCCCCGAAGAAGACCAGCGGCAAGCCACUGGCUGACAUCGACAACGAGAGUUUCGAUGCUGCAGCGGUGAAAAAGGCCUCAAGCGGUGCCAGCAGCAAAUACCAGAUGUUGACCCAUUUGGAACACAUCAUGAAGCGACCAGACACAUACAUCGGCUCCGUCGAGCGCCAGACAGACAAGAUGUGGGUGUACAACUCCACAACCGAGAGCAUGGAAUACCGCGACGUAUCGUAUGUCCCAGGUCUCUACAAGAUCUUCGACGAGAUCCUUGUCAACGCCGCCGACAACAAGCAAAACGACAAGAACAUGAGCGAGAUCCGUGUCACAGUCGAUCGCGAGUCGGGAGAAGUGUCCAUACUGAACGACGGCAAGGGUAUACCUAUUGAGGUACACGCAGAGCACGGCAUCUACGUCCCUGAGAUGAUUUUCGGCCACCUUCUCACCUCGUCCAACUACGAUGACAACCAGCAAAAGGUCACCGGUGGUCGCAACGGUUAUGGUGCAAAGCUUUGCAACGUCUUCAGUAAAGAGUUCACCGUCGAGACUGUCGACUCUAAGCAGAAGAAGAAGUACAGGCAGACAUGGACCGAGAACAUGAGUGUCAUGGGCAAGGCCAAAAUAACAGAUUUCAAGUCGGGCGACGACUACACUAAAAUCUCCUGGAAGGCCGAUUACAAGAGGUUCGGCAUGGACGGUAUCGAUGACGACUUCGAGGCACUGAUCAAACGCCGAACAUACGAUAUGGCAGGAACCCUCCGAGGCAUCAAGGUCUAUCUCAACAAGGAGCGUGUCAAAGUAACUUCGUUCGCAAAGUACAUGGAGAUGUACACGAAGGCCAUUGCACGCGAGCAGGGCAACAACGAAGACGACAAGCAAAAGGACGUCAUCAUCACCGACAAGCACGAUCGCUGGGACAUUGGUUUUGCUGUGUCAGACGGCUCUUUCAACCAGGUGUCCUUCGUCAACUCGAUUGCAACGACAUCCGGAGGAACUCACGUCAACUACAUUUCUGAUCAGAUCGUCGAGAAGCUCAUGGCGGUCAUGAAGAAGAAUAAAGCUGCCGUGAAGCUGAAGCCUGCACAGAUCAAGAAUCACAUCUUCUUGUUCGUCAACUGUUCGAUUGUCAACCCGGCUUUCACAUCGCAGACCAAGGAGCAACUGACGACCAAGGCAAGUCAGUUCGGCAGCAAGCCUGUCCUCACCGACAAGUUCUUGAAAGCCAUUGAGAAGACAGAAGUCAUCCAGAACAUCAUGCAUUUCGCGCAGCAAACUGCAGACAAGAUGUUGAAGAAGACGGACGGCAACAAGCGCAACCGUAUCAAUAACGCUAAGCUGACCGAUGCCAACAAGGCUGGUACCAAAGACGGUCACCUCUGCACUCUUAUUCUCACUGAGGGUGAGUCAGCCAGUGUACUCGCGUUGGCUGGACGUGCUGUUGUGAAUCAAGAUCUGUUCGGUGUGUUUCCACUGCGUGGUAAACUUCUGAAUGUUCGCGAUGCGAGCGUUGAUCAGAUUCUCAAGAACCAAGAGAUCCAGAAUAUCAAGAAAUUCAUGGGUUUGCAGCACAAGAAAGACUACACUGUCGCAGAUAUGAAAGGAUUGCGGUACGGCCAUCUCAUGAUCAUGACGGAUCAAGAUCACGACGGUAGCCAUAUCAAGGGACUUCUCAUCAACUUCCUACAGUGCCAAUUUCCUAGUUUGCUCAGGAUUCCUGGCUUCCUCCUCGAAUUCAUCACACCUAUCGUCAAGGUUUGGAAGGGCGAUCCAAAGCACCCGCGAAGCCUCAAGAGCUUCUUCUCUAUGCCCGAGUACGAGGAGUGGAAGGAGCAGCACAAGCUGGAGAAAGGAUGGGACCACAAGUACUUCAAGGGAUUGGGUACUAGCGACAUUCCCGACGCUCAAGUGUAUUUCAAGGAUCUUGACACCCACAUGAAGCGCUUCCAAGUGAUGCGCGCCGAAGAGGAGAAGCUCAUCGAGCUGGCCUUCUCCAAGAAGAAGGCUGAUGCGCGUAAAGAGUGGCUCGGCAACUUCGUACCUGGCAACCACUUGGAUCUCACGACGCCUGAGAUCUCUUACGAUGACUUCGUCAACAAGGAGUUUAUUCUCUUCUCGAUUGCCGACAAUCUGCGUUCCAUUCCCUCCGUUAUGGAUGGUCUUAAGCCUGGUCAACGCAAAGUCCUCUAUACUUGUUUCCGACGCAAUAUCAAGAAGGAUGUCAAAGUGGUUGAGUUGGCUGGUUCCGUUUCUGGAUCCACCGACUAUGCCCACGGUGAAGCUUCCAUGCAGGGCACUAUCGUUGGUCUAGCCCAGAACUUCGUCGGUUCGAACAACAUCAACUACUUGGAACCCAGUGGUAACUUCGGUUCUCGUCUAAGAGGUGGUGCCGACGCUGCCAGCGCCAGGUACAUUUACACUCGCCUCUCUCCAUUUGCGCGUAGGUUGUUCCACGCUCACGACGAUGCCCUCCUUAAGUAUGGAGAAUCAGAUGGCCACAAGAUCGAGCCUGAGAUGUUCAUACCUGUGCUCCCCACAAUCCUCGUCAACGGAUCCAGUGGUAUUGGUACUGGUUGGAGUUCUGAAAUCCCUAACUUCAAUCCCAUGGACAUCAUCGAUAACAUCAGGAUUCGUCUGCAAGAUGGCGCAUCGAAAGAGGACAUGAAGCCCAUGACUCCUUGGUAUAAGGGUUUCACUGGCACUACUGAGACUCUCGCGGCCGACCGCUUCCAGUUCACAGGUACUAUCCGUCAGACUGGUGAGAAUGAGCUCGAAGUCACUGAACUUCCAGUGCGCUACUGGACUCAGGACUUCAAGGAGAAGCUCGAGGACAUCAUCAAGGCCGAGAAGACCCCGGCUUUCAUCAAGGACUACAUAGACUACAACACGCCAGACCGCGUUCACUUCAUCAUCAAGAUGGAAGACAAACACAUGUUGAACGCGGUGCAAAAGGGUCUAGAAGAGACAUUCAAGCUGUACUCCAAGCAGUCAACUUCGAAUCUGGUGGCUUUCGACGCGCAAGGCCGGAUUCACAAGUACGCCUCGGUACUCGACAUCAUGGAAGAGUUUUACCAUGUGCGACUCCGAUACUACGAGAAGCGCAAGCAGCAUCAGUUGGAAGUCAUGGAGAAGGAGCUAUCCAGGAUGAAUAACCAGGCUCGCUUUAUUCAGAUGAUCAUUGAAGGCAAGCUUGUCGUCUCUAAGAAGAAGAAGGCGGUCCUUGUUGCUGAGCUGAGGAAGCUCAACUUUACGCCAUUUUCGAAGGCCGAAGAUGCCAAGAAGGCCGGCGAGACAGAAGAUGUUCAGGAAGAAGACGAGGACGAGGAAACUGAACUGGAAAUCAGCGCCAGUGAUUACGACUAUCUUUUGGGCAUGGCCAUUUGGUCCUUGACCCAAGAGCGUGUCGAGAAGCUCCGCAAGCAGAUCGGCGACAAGGAGGAAGAGGUCGACACUCUCAUCAAGCUCUCGCCUAAGGACAUUUGGAAUGUGGACUUGGACGCCUUCGUGGAUGAGUGGAACCUUCAGCUCGAAGAAGACGUGAAGCGCAAGAAGAAGAUUGCAGGUAUCACACGUCGUGCUUCCAAGAAGCUCGGCAUCGACGGAGCCAAGGGCAAGAAGAAGAAGAGAAAGGCAGGUGAUACCGACUCAGAUGAUGACUCUGGAUCGGACUUUGGUCCAGCUAAGAAGAAGGCCAAGCCGAAGAAAGAGGGUCUGCUGAGUUACCUGCGCCAGGAGGAGCCCGUGAAGAAGCCAAAUGCGGCAGCAGCGCUCAAGAGUAGCACAGCCUUUGGCUCAACAGCUCCGCCGAAGCAAGGGACUUUGCUCACGCAUCUUGUCAAGAAGGAAAGCACACCGCAAGUUGACGGGGCAUCAGACGAUCCCCCUGCCGAGGAGGAAGACGCGCCAGUCACCAAGCGUGCCCGCCCAGCUGCCGCAAAGAUCACCAAGAAUGCACCAGUCGUCGUCUCUGACGAUGACUCGGAUGUCUUCGCUGCGGUUGCCAAAGAGAUCGAGAAGAAGAAGCCCGUUGCGGCUGCUCGCGGUGGACGUGGUGCGACCAAACAAAUGCCAAAAUACAACAUCGACAACAGCGACAGCGACUCUGACGAUGGAGAUCUACUUGGCGACGUUAGCACCAUGGUCAAGACCAUUGGUGCUGCUGGCAGUAAUGGAGUUCCACUGUUCAAGGCAACAAGCGCUGCCCGUCCCGUCAGCAACGGAAGUGCUCGUCCAGCCAGCGCUGCUGGAGGUGCGAAGGCCGCAAAGAGAAAUAGCCCUAUCGAGAUCGACGACGAUACCACCAAUUACGAAGGGUUGGUGCCGCAGCCUAGUCCGAAGCGGCCGGCUCCUCGCAACGUCCACGAUACCAUUAUGAGCUCGGAUGACGACUCUGAUGUCGUGAUCAAGAAGCCCGCUCCUAAGCUGACUGCUAAGCCCAAGCUCGCCGCUCCUAAGGCUGCUGCGAAGCCCAAGGCCUCUUCCACUCUUGUUGCGAAGAAGAGCACUGCACUGAGCCCUGCAGCGAAGGCUUAUGCCGCCAAGUUGGCGAAGACGACUGGAGCAUUGUCAAAGCCGGCGGCCAAGGCGAAGAAGCCUGUCGCCGUCGAAUCGGACGACGACAUGGAAGAUGCGGAUGCGAUCGCGAAUGACCUCCUGUCCGACGAAGACGAGGAUGAGCCGACGCCUAAGCCAGCCGCGCGCGCUCCUGCUGCUCGACCUGGUCGCCGUGCCGCUGCUGCACCUGCGAAGUACGUCGUCAGCGACGACGAGAUGGAUUCGGAUGAGGCGAGUGAGCCUAGUUUUGAGGAUGAUGAGAGCGAUUAG